UCAGGUUCUCUCUUAUCAAUGGCUGCCGAAGCAGGUUAUGAUGAUCAGAAAGUAGAAGUAUAUGGAGCUGAAGAUCAUGACAAUAAGAAGAAGAAACAAAAGAGUGAUUUACAGAGGAUUUCUCUUCCAUCUGAAUUGAUACUGGAGUUUCUAUCAAGACUUCCAAUAAAGUCUCUGACGAGAUUGAGCUGCACAAGUAAGUAUUUAUACAAUUACAUCAAUCAAAACCCAGAUUUUGCAAAAUCUCACAUGAUUAAUUAUUCCCGAAAACACCCAUCGCUUGUGUUUUACAUUAUGAAUGGCAAGGAUGGUACUGAGCUGCACAAAAACUCAAUUCAAGAUCAUCAAAACAAUGAUAAUGAUGAUUUCGUUGAUUACCAUUCAACAAUCAUACACAAAACUAUCGGAACACACUCAAAAGUAAUACAUACUGAAUAGGAAUUUGGUGGAUAUUGCAAUGGGUUAGUUUGUUUUAUACAUAUGGUUACUCCAGUCACUCUAACUAUUGAUGUUUGGAAUUGUACUACACAUGAAUUGUUAAGCAUUCUCCCUCCAGUUAUCGAACAUUGUCAUCCGCUUGGAGUAGGUAAUGGGUAUCUUCCGAUGUCAUGUGGAUUUGGUCUGGAUUCCAUUAACAAUGAGUAUAAGUUUGUAUUCUUUGUAAUCAUGCUCAGAACUAAGGCUUUGAAGUGUUUGGUUUAUACAUUUGGAAUCAGAUCUUCUUGGACAGAAGUUAGUCUCCCAGCUUACCACUAUCCAACAGAAAAUCAUGCUAGUAGACUAGCUACAUUCGCUUCUUAUGGAGGAGGAGGAGGAGGAGCUUUGUUUUGGAGAACCCGUGAUCCUCAGGUGAUUCUCUUGUUUGAUCUUCACGAACACAAGUUAGAAAACAUUCGGCUCCCCCCAGAACGCGACGAAUAUCGGUUGUUUGAGCUUAAAGGAUUCUUAGGUGUUGCCAUUCUAGAAAAGAAAUCACUAGUUGGAACUAGUACAACAGCUACUUUGGAAAAGGUCCACUUGGAAAUAUUGAAGGCUUACAAACACCGCCAAGUAUGGGUCAAGCUAGAGACGAUUGAUAUUUCGUCGUAUUCAAUUCCUUUUACACGGAAUUCUCUUUUAGUGAGCAUCUCCGUCCAGGUUUUACUAUACUGGACAGAUACCUGCAAAGGGUUUCAGUUGUUCAAUCUGCAUAUGCAAUGUCUCCAGGUGGUUAAGAACCUCGAUGCAUCCUUAUUUGACCAGUUCAGCUUACGCCAUUGGCUUACAGGACUAGAUCAUUAUUGGCUGCAUUGUGAGGUCGAAAACAUUUGCUCUUUGAAAACCUUGUUGCCCCAACGAGCCCGACGAGUACCUAAUUUUGCGAGGUUGGAUUUAAUUACGAAGAACGGCUGUCAACAGAUGUGGUUUAUGACAAAACCCAAAACAGUACUUGGAGGAGUUUUCACUUCAUAUUACCAGUCUAAAAGCAACGAGCACUACUGGUUUAAUGCUCCAAAUGCCAUCUUGAGACGCUUAGACCAAUCGACUUCUAUCUCUUCUGCCGAAUCCCAAUUCCAAUAUCUCUCUAAUUGUGAUCUGGAACACUGCAUAUCGGAGAUUUCACUGUUUGGGUACUUUAUGAGGAUUUUUCCAAUGCAGGAUACUAAGAGUGGAAUAGAUUUUUUGUACCUUGAUGCCUUGAAAUCUGACAGGGGGACAACAGCUGAUGAUGUCCCCUAUAUAAUAUCUUCAAGAAAAUAUACUACUCUCUCAUUUGGUCAAUGA